ACCACCAAAUCAAAAGCAAUGGAUUCGACCUUGUGUAAUUCUGCGAUGAGAGCCAAUAUCGGAGAUGCCAAUUUUCUACUAGCUGAUCAUCUGAAAAGAGAUGAAGAAAAUGGAUACCAAGUCACUCCGAAGGGCAACACGGUCCUUCAUGUCGCUACCCUCUAUGGCCACUCCGAUUUCGCGAGAGAAGUCCUAAAGAUUACUCCGGCAUUAUUAUGCUGUCAAAACAAGAAAAUGAAACCGCACUUCACAUAGCAGCUAAUGAAGGGCAUACUGAAGUAGUACUUGUGCUACUUGCAUGUUUAAGAGAUCAUAAUACUAAGGAGAAGCUUACGUGGAUGACGGAUGCUGGUGGAGAUACAGCGCUGCACAAGGUCGUGAGGAGCCAACAUCUAGAUGUGGUUAAGCUCUUGGUGAAAGAAGAUUCUGAAUUCGAAUUUCCGCCUAACCAUGCGCAAGAGACGCCAUUGUAUCUGGCGGCUGAAUCUGGUUUUCAUGAUUCCUUGAUUAACAUCUUGGAAUCCUACGAGAAACCAACUUAUGCUGCAGGUCCAUCUAAUAGAGCGCCGCUGCAUGCCGCAGUAAUUCAGGAACAUAGAGGUACAUAGUUUUUGUUAUUUGUUGUAUCAGUAUC